AUGGACUCAUACGCGGGGGACGAAUACCCCGGCCCCAAGCGGGACGGAGAAUCAAUCUCAGGCAGAAAUCCUGGGGAAAACUACAGACGUCGCUCACCGGCUUCCCAGGAUCGCCGUCGCGGCCGCGGCCGUUCCCGCUCUCCCAUGAUCGAUCGCUACGAACCCUCAGACCGCCGCCCGCGAGAAGAUUUUUACAACAACUCUCGCGAUCAUGCUGCUCGGGAGCGUGAGGACCGUCGACGUGCCCCAUCGCCGACCGUCGCCAAUAUUGACCGCUAUGUCCCCGGUCAGGACAGUGGACAGCGCCAUAUGCAGAUGAAUCAGCUUCCGAAUCCUCUCAGUCUUGAAUUCCAGGUCGGCUUCACUUGGUUUGGUGAAUGGUGGAGAAGUGAACAGCAAGUUCACGAGGAGAAGGAGCGUGUCAAGCACGGCCGGGGCCGGUCAGACCGUAUCAAGGGAGAGCGUGAAGCGCGUGAAGACAAGGAGCGACAGAGAGCACAGAUCCAGGCUGCCUACGACACAUACAAGGUGGACCUCCAGAUCAAAUUGUCGCGCCAAUUCGUGCAGCAGCACCGGAACGAAGAGUGGUUUAAAGAGCGCUACAUUGCGGAAGUGCGCGACCCUUUGCGCACUCGUAUUAUGAACUUCCGCCGAGGCGCCUAUGAACAAUGGGAUCGUGACCUGAACGGAGGAUUGUUCGAUGAUUUCACCCUUGAAGGAAUUUACAAGAGCGAGAGUGACGGAGCCGGCGGUAUUGUCGAGAAAGAAGAAGGCGAGACUACCGCAGUCGCCGAGACUCUUAGCGUUCUCGACUUACUUCCUGUCCGUGGCGGAGAGCUCCGCGAUGAUGCCUUAUCGCAGCCUGCUUUAUUGAUCAAGACCUUGGCACCUAAUGUGAGCCGAGAGAAAAUUGAGGAGUUUUGCAAGGAGCACCUUGGAGAGAGCGACGGUGGUUUCAAGUGGCUCAGUUUGAGCGAUCCCAACCCCACCAAGAAGUUCCACCGUAUGGGUUGGAUCAUGCUGCAUCCUUCAACAGAGACAGAUAAUCCCGUCGACCGGGGAGACGGCCGCGAAGAGGAAGGCCAGGACACGGACAACCACCACAAUGGCACGGCUGUCAACACAGCCGAGAGAGCCCUUGAAGCUGUCAAUGACAAGACCAUCCACGAUGCUGUGCAUGGCGACUUCGUCUGCCAUGUGGGUGUUCAUGUGCCCCCUUCACAACCACGCAAGAAGGCUCUCUGGGACUUGUUCUCCUCUCCAGAGAGAAUUGAACGUGAUCUCGAGCUGGCUAGACGCCUGGUUUCCAAACUGGACAACGAGAUGGGUGAAGCAGAUGGCGUCUCUAAAAUUGAGGAACGGAUUGAGGAUUUGCGCGGAAAAGGUUGGCUGCAACCUCCUGUGACUGGCCCUGUCAGUGCCAAGAAGCAGAAGAAUGACUACGAUGAAGCGGACGUUGAUGAAGGCGAGAUGGAGGAAGGCGAGGAGAAAGAAGCACCAGAAGAAGAUGAAGUGGAUGACGAGGAACUUCUCGCGAAUAAGAAGAAGCUCGACUUGAUGGUGGAGUACCUCCGCCGAGUCUACAACUUCUGCUUCUUCUGCGUCUUUGAAUGUGAUUCAAUCCACGAGCUUGGCCGUAAGUGCCCGGGUGGCCAUCUUCGUCGUCCCCGCUCUGGUCUUUCCAACCAGGCUAAGGAGGUCGCUAGGGCCAGCGCUUUGGGUGAGGCGUUCCCAUGCAAGCAAAAGGAGCCUAGCGAGGAUGGAGAGGAACGGGGAUCCCCUGUCCAGGAGAAGCGCCCACAACGGCUCUCCAAGUCCGAACAACAGUUGCAGCGAGCCUUUAAUUGGGUAAAGACCUUCGAGGACAAGUUGCUUCAAAUUCUGGAGCCUGAGAAUGUUGACUUGUGCAAAUUGGGCGGCAAGCCUGUGGAGCAGGCCUUGGAGGACGAGCUGGCCAAGUACGUGAAGCAGGAGGAUGAUUCACGAUAUCGCUGCAAGGUGCCCGAGUGCGCAAAGCUCUUCAAGGCAGACACCUUCUGGCGUAAACACAUCGAGAAACGCCACGCGGAGUGGUUGGCAAGUAUCCAGCGUGAUCUCGAGCUUGUGAAUACCUAUGUUCUGGACCCUGCUCGCAUUGCCCCGUCGCGGUCCGAUGCCAACAGCAAUGGUCACUUCCCCAUUGCUGGUGGUCAAGGCCAAGGUGGUACCCCGCGUGGAUUCAGCCUCUCGAACAUGCCAUCAUACCCUGGUGCCAUGCCCGGGUUCCCUGGCCCUGGAAUGCCUGGCCUUCCAGGUGCCCCAGGCCCUUGGGGCAGCAACGGCAUGGGCGACGGUCGUCUGCACCAGCCAGGAGCCAUGCGCCGCGGUGGGCACCGACACAACAACCGGUCUGGUCCGUACGACCGUCACCGCUUCAACGGCGGCGGCCGACUCAGCCCUGUUCGCGGGGCCAACAUGUACGGCGCCGGUGGCCGCCUGCCUCCGCCUGGCAUGGCGAUUCCGCCUGGACACCCGGCCGCCAACAUGGCUGUGCCGAAACCCUUCCCCGACGCGAUGGAUGCCGGCGGUGGUGCACAGGCAAUGCCCCCACGUGAAGCUGUGCAGGGCCGCAGCCUGAAAAGUUACGAAGACCUCGACGCAGUCACUGGUUCUGCCAGCGGCGAGCUGAAUUACUAG